AUGGAAAGCGUUGCUGGAAUCCCGGGCUCCGUCGUCCUCCUCGCCGGCGGUCUCAUCAGCCUCUUCGUCGUGGGAAGGAUCCUCCAGUUUGCGAGGCUGAGGAGCUUCAAAGGUCCCUUCUUGACCAACUUCACCAAUUUUCCGCAUAGAAGGGCCCUCUUUCGGCAAAAGGCGCACGAGUAUUAUGCGGAGGUUUGUGAACAAUACGCAAGAGUUGCACCGAACCUUCUGAUUACAUCUGACCCGGAUGUGUGGAUUCAUGUGAACAACAAGCCUGGGUAUAAGCGCUCUGAUUGGUACUACACUGCCUGCCGCAUCGAGUACCAGCGGGACAAUGUCUUUUCGCAGACGGACAACAAGAAGCAUGAGCAGAGGAGGAAGCAGAUGGCUCCGGGGUAUUCUGGACGGGAGAAUCUCGACCUGGAAAUUUCCGUCGACCAGUGUCUCCAGGAGUUUAUCGACUUGAUCAGAUCCAAGUAUGUUUCCACAGAAGCCAAGAUCGUGCCCGUGGACAUGGCCAAGAAGGUUCAGUUCUUCGCCCUUGACGUCAUCAGCGGCGUUGGCCUGGGCAAGACGUUUGGCAUGCUGAAGAGUGACACCGACGUGGAGAGCUACCUCCAGUCUGCCGAAGAAGGCCUGCGCAUUGCCAACUUUUCGCUCGCCAUAGGCCUCAGCUGGAUCGCGCAGGCGCGCUUCCUCGGCCGCUUCAUUGCUCCGUCACCAAAGGACAAGAACGGCUUCGGAAAGAUGAUGGCAACCUGCUUCCGCUAUGUCGACGAGCGCGAGGCGAGCUCGACGGACAAGCGGUCUGAUAUGCUCGCAUCCUUCAUCCGCCACGGCAUCCAUGGCGCCGACUUGAAGACGGAGGCCCUCGAACAGAUCGUCGCCGGCUCCGACACCACCUCAUCUGCCAUCCGAAUCAUCUUCCUCCACAUCAUCACAAACCCGCGCGUGUACGCAAAGCUCCAGAAGGAAAUCGACGAAGCAGUCCGGGAUGGAAGAGCCCCCCGCGAGGGCAUCAUUACCCACAGCCAGACAAAGCAGCUCCCCUAUCUCCAGGCCACCAUUCGCGAGGCCAUGAGAGUCAUGCCGCCCGUCGCCAACAUCUUCUCGCGAGACAUUCCGCCCCAGGGCGACACCGUCAGAGUCAAGGGCCAGGACGUCUUUCUGCCUGGCGGCGCCAACAUCGGAUAUUCCGCGUAUGCAAUGCAUCGCAGCCACGAGAUUUACGGCGACGACGCCAAGGCCUUCCGUCCAGAGCGCUGGUUUGAGGAGGACCAGGACAAGCUCGCCGUCAUGCUUCGCACCAACGAGUUGAUCUUCGGGCACGGCAAGUAUCAGUGUCUGGGCAAGCCUGUUGCUCAGGUUGAGAUUGGAAAGGUCGUAUUCGAGCUACUGCGUUACUUUGAUAUUGCCAUCAUGCACCCGGACAAGCCUUGGGAGGCUGAGAACGCCCUUGGGUUGUUUCACAUCAAGGACAUGUGGGUGCAGGUGCUGGAGAGAGGCGCGUGA